GGCGGCGGGCGGCGGGCGGCGGGCGGCGGGCGGCCAUGGAGGACUACGAACGGGAGCUGUACGGCGUCGAGGACGACUUCCACAGCCAGUUCGCGGCCGAGCUCGAGGUGCUGGCCGAGCUGGAAGGUACAGCCGCCCUGUCACCCUCCAGGGACCCCCGGCCCACCGUGGGCCGGCCCCGCCUGACGUUCGAGGAGGCCAUUGCUGGAGGGGACGCUGCCACUCACUGCUCUCCAGGCAGAUCUCCAAGGAACAAGAGUGGUGCCAGAAAGAGGCAGUUGGCCGCUGACAUCCAGGGGGACAGACCCCUGCCCUCUACCCCCAGGGUCAAACGGUCCAGGCUGGAGGCCGCCAGGAGACUGAACUUCACGUCCAAUGAGACGGAAGAGCUGCUGCCUCCUGACUCCCCUACUCGGGACAUCACGCCCCCACCAAGUCCCGAGAUCCCUGUUGAGCUGUGCAGCAACGGGCUUUUGGACACCGGGGCUGAUGUGGGUCUCACUUGGGCCUCGCCUGUCGCCCGCAAUCCUGUCCUGAGGCGGCCCCCUGUCUUGGAGGACUACAUCAACGUGACCUCCACAGGCGGCGACCGGGCCUUUCUGGUGCUUCGAGCUGAUCCAGUGGGCACUGGGGUGCAGAGCCCUUUCCUUGACAUUCGGUGGCGUGGCCGUGGCCAGCUGGAUCUGUUGGGCGUGUCCUUUGCCUCCCUGAAGGAGGAGGUCAACAGCGAGCGGCGGCAGCGACUGCUGAAAGAGGCCCAGCAGCUCUCAGACACACUGUGCAGUCUCAGGUCAGAGAUGGUGGAGGAGGAGGCCCAGCCCUCAGGAGCCCCUGAGGAGGAGCCGGCUGACAGCCAAGACGCCUCCCAGCAUUGCCUUUGGGUGGAUGAGUUCGCACCCCAGCGCUAUACGGAGCUGCUCAGUGACGACUUCACCAAUCGCUGCCUCCUCAAGUGGCUGAAGCUGUGGGACCUGGUGGUGUUUGGCCGAGAAAGGCCUGCCCGGAAGCCCAGGCCCAGUGUGGAAUCAACCCGUGGUGGCAAGGAGGCCACAGCCUCCAGCAAGUGGAAAAGCCACGAACAGGUGCUAGAGGAGAUGCUGGAGGCUGAGCUGGAUCCGAGUGGGCGGCCCCGGCAGAAGGUGGCACUGCUGUGUGGGCCCCCAGGGCUGGGCAAGACAACCCUGGCCCAUGUGAUUGCACGGCAUGCUGGGUACGCUGUGGUGGAGAUGAAUGCAAGUGACGACCGCAGCCCUGAGGCCUUCCGUACACGCAUCGAGGCGGCCACACAGAUGGAGUCGGUACUGGGCACUGGCGGGAGGCCCAACUGCUUGGUCAUUGACGAGAUCGAUGGGGCCCCCACGGCCGCCAUCAGCGUCCUCCUGAGCGUCUUGGACCGCAAGGGCCCCCAGGAGGCAGAGCCAGGGGGCCCCGCUGUGCCCACGGGCGGGGGGCGGCGCCGCCGGGCAGAGGUGGGGCUCCUGAUGAGGCCCAUCAUCUGCAUCUGCAAUGACCAGUUUGCGCCCUCCCUGAGGCAGCUGAAGCAGCAGGCGCUCCUGCUCCACUUCCCACCCACGCUGCCCUCCAGGCUCACGCAGCGGCUCCAGGAGAUCUCCUUGCGGCGGGGCAUGCGGGCUGACCCCGGCGCGCUGGCAGCCCUCUGUGAGAAGACGGACAACGACAUCCGUGCCUGCAUCAACGCCCUGCAGUUCCUGCACGGGCGGGGCCAGCGGGAGCUGAGUGUUCAGGCUGUGCAGACCACGCGCGUUGGCCUCAAGGACCAGCGCAAGGGGCUUUUCUAUGUGUGGCAGGAGGUCUUCCAGCUGCCCCGGGCCCAGAGGCACCGUGUAGGUCAGGACCCGACCCUGCCCACCCACAGGCUCCUGCUCGGUGACGGGCAUGUGGGCUCAGGGCCCCUCGGUGCCGAGGUGCCCCUGACCGUGGCCUCGCAGCGGUUCUACCACAUCUUGCACGUGGCCACCUCUGCGGGCGAGCACGAGAAGGUGGUCCAGGGCCUAUUUGACAACUUCCUGCGGCUGAGGUUGCGGGACUCCAGCCUGGGCACUGUGUGCGCAGCCCUCGACUGGCUGGCCUUCGAUGACCUACUGGGCCGGGCUGCCCACCACAGCCAGAGCUUCCAGCUACUGCGCUACCUGCCCUUCCUGCCCCCAGCCUUCCACCUGCUCUUCGCCUCCAGCCACGUGCCAAGGAUUGCCUUCCCCAGCAGCCAGCAGGAGGCCCAGAAUCGGAUGAGCCGGACACAGAACCUGAUCCAGACGCUGGUGUCAGGCAUCACGCCAGCCACCCGCAGCCGGGCUGCACCGCAGGCGCUCAUCCUGGACAUCCUCUGCCUACUUCUGGACAUCCUUGCGCCCAAGCUGCGCCCUGUGAGCACGCAGCUGUACAGUGCCCGAGAGAAGCAGCAGCUGGCCAGCCUCGUGGGCACCAUGCUCGCCUAUAGCCUCACCUACCGCCAGGAGCGCACGCCCGACGGGCAGUACAUCUAUAGGCUGGAGCCGAAUGUGGAGGAGGUCUGCCGCUUUCCUGAGCUACCAGCCCGCAAGCCCCUCACCUACCAGGCCAAGCAGCUCAUUGCCCGUGAGAUUGAAGUGGAGAAGAUGCGGCGGGUGGAGGCCUUGGCCUGGGCUCGGGAUGGCCCCCAGGUGGACGUGGGUCCCCCGGGGGGCACUGGGGAGAAAGGGGCACAGCCACCUGCCCCAUGCAGCCACAAGCAGCGGCUGGAGUGCAUCCUGAAGAGAGCCGCCUUGGAGGAGCAGCCCGAGAGGGACUUCUUCGGUCGUGUGGUUGUCAAGCGAGCCGCAGCCUCGAGCAUAGAGCACGCAGCCCCCGAGACUGACACGGCCGAGCGGUGCAUGGGCACUGCGGUGGGCAGGAGCGACGUCUGGUUCCGCUUCAAGGAGGGCGUCUCCAAUGCUGUGCGACGCAGCCUGUACAUCAGGGACCUGCUGUAGCCAGAGCCACGCCGAGCCCCCAGGAUCUAUGCCGGACACUGUGGGGGCCGUGCUGGACACCCUACCCCACUCUGGGGUCAUGCCAGACACCCUGGAUCCAUACCAGACGUCCCCAGAUACACACCAGGUCCCUGGGUGUUACUUUGUCUCUCCUAGAAAAUGUACUAAAGCACGUACAUCCU